UGUCCACACACCAAUUGCCAUUAGAAUAGAAAUCUGCACGCGAAUAAUGGAGCCGGCCUAUAUCGAUAGAGAGCCAAUUAUUCCAUUACGUUUCUCUAACUAUAUCUUCAACGAAUGAGCAGAGGCACAAUCUGAAUUUUCUUCCAGAAUGAGAAACGCCAUCUGUAUUUUUUGGGUUCUUACGUUUGUGUCUUCUGCAGCUUCAAGUUCUAAGUUUCACCUAAGAAGAGGUGAUUCUAUACCCGUCGGAAAAGAAUCCAAAUUUAUCUUCUCCCCUGAUGGUUCUUUCACCUGUGGCUUCUACAGUUUGGGAACCAAUGCCUACUGGUUCGCUAUAUGGUUCACCCAUUCUCAGGACAAAACCGUUGUCUGGACGGCUAACCGCGAUAGGCCUGUCUACAGAAAAGGCUCGAAAUUAAGCCUCAGGCGGGACGGAGCGAUGGUCCUGACAGACAUUGACGGGACGAUUGUGUGGCAGACUAAUACCUCCACCAUUGACGUGGCUGCAGCUGAGCUGCUCAACACAGGUAACCUCGUUCUCAAGAACCCACGAGGCGAUAUUCUCUGGCAAAGCUUCGAUUCUCCUACAGAUACCCUUUUGCCUUCUCAGGCAUUCACAAAGAACACGAGGCUGAAAUCUGGGUUGAGAAAAGGGACCUUCGAAUCAGGCUACUUCAACCUAUACUUCGGAAGCGACAACGUUUUGAGGCUGAUAUCGGAUAAGCCUGACACUUCGACGACUUACUGGCCAAAUCCCGACCAAGAUAUUUACAAAAAUGGCAGGACAAAUUACAACAGUAGCAGGAUAGCAGUGUUGGAUGAAAUGGGAAGGUUCGAGUCAAGCGAUCAGCUGAAAUUCAAUGUAUCAGAUUUAGGAUAUGGAGUGAAAAGGAGGAUGACCAUGGACUAUGAUGGGAACCUCAGAGUUUAUAGCUUGAAUAAUUCGACUAGGCUUUGGGACAUAACCUGGCAAGCUCUUGCAAAGUCCUGUGAUGUAAAAGGUGUGUGUGGACGAAGCGCACUCUGCGUGUACGCGCCGGAGCCUAAAUGCACAUGUCCGCCUGGAUUUGAGGCUAACGAUCCAACCGAUUGGAACGCCGGCUGCAAGGCCAUGUUCAAUAGAAGCCUCCUCAAAUCAAGAAAGGUGAAGUUCUUGGAGAUCCCUCAUGCUGAUUACUACGGGUUUGAUCUUAAUGCGACGAAUCCUACCACGCUCGAAAGUUGCAGGGAUAUGUGUCUGGAGGAUUUCCGGUGCUUGGCGUUCAGCUACAGGCUUUUAGGACAAGGACAAUGUUAUGUAAAGAGUGCACUCUUAAAUGGCUAUGCCUCCCCAGACUUCCCUGGAAGUAUAUACAUCAAAUUGCCUGACAGUGUGGAGGUAUCCAGGCCUAAUGUAUUCGGUUCUUCCUCGAGCUUGGCAUGCGGAUCGAGCAAGAUGAGUGUCGUCGUGGGGUCUCCUUCCAUGUAUGAUUUCAACUACAAGAAAGUGAGAUGGGUGUACGUCUACUCCUUUGCAGGGAUAUUGGGUGGAAUUGAGCUGAUCUUUGUGGCUAUCGGGUGGUGGUUCCUGUUCAGAAAGCACAACAUUCCGGCGUCUGUCGAGGCGGGGUAUCGGAUGAUUUCGAGUCAGUUCCGGCGGUAUAGUUAUUCCGAAUUGAAGAAAGCAACCAAUGAUUUCAGACAAGAGCUGGGCAGGGGAGGCUCCAGCACAGUGUACAAAGGCGUUUUGUCCGACGACAGGGUCGUGGCUGUCAAGAGACUUGGGGAUGCUUUCCAAUCACAAGAUGAGUAUCUUGCUGAGAUCACCACACUUGGGAAGAUCAAUCACAUGAAUCUUGUAAGGAUUUGGGGGUUUUGUUCGGAAAGGAGACAUCGUCUCCUGGUCUACGAAUACGUCGACAACUUGUCCCUCGACAGGCAUCUUUUCGGGUCCAGUUUCCUGUCGUGGAAGCAACGGUAUGCAGUGGCAUUAGGCACGGCUAAAGGUUUGGCCUAUCUGCACCACGAGUGCCUCGAAUGGGUCAUCCAUUGUGACGUGAAGCCUGAAAACAUUCUUCUUGACACUGAAUUCCAGCCCAAGAUUGCAGAUUUUGGCCUUGCAAAGCUGCUGCAACGGGAAAGCACUGGUUCUGAAUUCACCCAAAUUCGCGGGACGAAAGGCUACAUGGCACCCGAGUGGACAUUGAACCAUCCUGUCACGGCAAAGGUCGAUGUUUUUGGAUAUGGAGUGGUGAUCCUGGAAAUGGUGAGGGGUGUAAGAGUUUACAAUUGGGCUGUGGGAGAAGAUGAUGAUAAUGGUGAUGAUGAUGAGGCAGCCCUGACAAAGUUUGUCCGGAACACGAAAGAAAGGAUGGUGCAGAAUGCGGGAAGCCUGUCGUGGGCGGACAGCUUGGUUGAUCCGAGACUGGAGGGGAAGUUCAGCAGGAACCAGGCGGCAACUUUAAUUCAGACAGGCAUUUCCUGCGUGGAGGAAGACAGAAACAAAAGGCCAACCAUGGCUGCCGUCGUGCAAACUCUGCUCGAAUGUGAAGAUGAAACCCAACUUUGAUCGAUCGAUAUGUCCAGUUUUAUGAUUGUGUUUUUAUUUGUUGUCCCAUCUUUAGUUUCUUCAAGAUUCUACAGAAGAUUUAUCACAUGUGACUAUAUUGGCCAUUGGCCAACAAUAUAUAUAACGCAAGUUGAGCGAAAUAAUUCAAUUCAAAGGGACGCGACAGUCAGGGUACAAUUA